CCCCUCCCCGAGAAGAAGGCGCUGCGCAGUAAAGGGAAGCCCGGCGCGGGGGCGGCAGGGAGCAGGAAAGGCGCAGCGGUGCCCGUGGAGUGCCCUACGUGUCAUAAAAGCUUCCUCAGCAAAUAUUACCUUAAAGUGCACAACAGGAAACACACUGGAGAGAAGCCAUUUGAAUGCUCUAAAUGUGGUAAAUGUUAUUUUAGAAAAGAGAAUCUCCUGGAGCACGAAGCCAGAAAUUGCAUGAGCCGAACUGAGCAGGUUUUCACGUGCUCUGUCUGCCAGGAGGUGUUCAAGAGGCGGAUGGAACUGCGACUCCACGUGGUGUCGCACACGGGGGAGAUGCCCUAUAAGUGCUCCUCCUGCGUGCAGCAGUUCAUGCAGAAGAAGGACCUGCAGAGCCACAUGAUAAAGUUGCAUGGCGCACCGAAGCCCCAGGCGUGCUCAACUUGCUCCAAGUGCUUUCUGUCUCGGACAGAGCUGCGCCUGCAUGAGGCAUUCAAACACCGGGGAGAGAAGCUGUUUGUCUGCGAGGAGUGUGGACACAGAGCCUCAAGUCGCAACGGCUUGCAGAUGCACAUCAAAGCCAAGCACAGGAACGAGCGUCCCUACGUCUGUGAGUUCUGCCAUCACGCCUUCACACAGAAAGCAAACCUCAACAUGCACCUGCGUACACACACUGGUGAGAAGCCCUUCCAGUGCCACCUCUGCGGCAAAACCUUCAGGACACAAGCGAGUUUGGACAAACACAACAGGACCCACACCGGGGAGCGACCCUUCAGCUGUGAGUUCUGCGACCAGAGGUUCACAGAGAAGGGGCCCCUCCUGAGGCACAUCGCCAGUCGGCACCAGGAGGGGAGGCCCCACUUCUGCCAGAUCUGUGGGAAAACAUUCAAAGCUGUCGAGCAGCUGCGUGUCCACGUCCGCAGGCACAAGGGAGUGAGGAAGUUUGAGUGCACCGAGUGUGGUUACAAGUUCACACGGCAGGCACACCUGAGGCGCCACAUGGAGAUUCACGACCGGGUGGAGAACUACAACCCCCGGCAGCGGAAGCUUCGAAAUCUGAUCAUUGAGGAUGAGAAGGCGGUGGUGGUGGCACUGCAGCCACCCCAGGAGCUGGAGGUGGGCUCAGCUGAGGUCAUCGUGGAGUCCCUGUCCCACGGCCCCCUGCCCGAGGAGAUCCCUGUGCAGAGACUCUGUUCAAAUGACAACUUCUCCACGGCAGAUGUGAUUGAGCAGUCACUGAUAAUAACUACAACAAUUCCCGAUGACUGUGGAACAUAACGUGACUGUACGCAUCCUUCCUACCAAACAAAGCAUCGGGCCAGAGUGACUCUGCUACAUUUGUUCUUUUCGGCCUCCGGGAGCUCUAAGUUGUGCAUCCAGCCCUUCUCCCUCCUCCUUCAAGGUAGUGAUCCCAACCCCGGAUUGCAAAGAAUAUUUCUAAUGAAGUGAUAAUCAGGUAUCAAAUUAAGAAAUAUGAAGCUACUCAGAACAACUACUUAAAUAAAUGUACAUACAAUGUAUGAGACGAGAUGUGAUUGAUGACUCCAUACGUGUAAUACUGUGGAUUGUUUUUUAAUGAGCUCUCAGCUGCGGCUGGAAGGGAAGGCGAGCUCACCUGCAGCUCCAGUGCUAGCUCUUACCUUGCUCCAUUAGUUUUAUGCUGAUGAUUAAAGCUCUUCCAGAAGAGUGUGACACUGUCCCUUUCCUUAAAGGUGCUGAAAUGACCCAUUUCCUCAAUUGAAUCUAUGCCUUGUGGUUUUGUUAAGCUUCUGCUGCCUAUUACUGUUCCUUUACUACAUUAAAGGCAUGGUGUGUUCUCUUA